GCUUUCACCAUUCAGAGAGACUCAUCGGUCAUCGCAUCAAAGUUGAUUAUUUAGAAACAAUGGAAACACCAACGACACUCACCGGGUUGCUCCGCCGCAUCGCCGCGAAAUUCCCCUCCCGGAGAGCCAUCUCCGUCGCCGGAAAGUUCGACCUCACCCACUCCCGCCUCAACGAACUCGUCGACCUAGCCGCCGCUGGCCUUGUCUCCGCCGGAAUCAAGACCGGCGACGUCGUCGCACUCACCUUCCCCAACACCGUCGAGUUUGUCAUUUUGUUCUUAGCCGUUAUUCGAGCACGAGCAACGGCGGCGCCACUGAAUGCGGCUUACACAGAAGAAGAGUUCGAGUUUUAUUUGUCUGACUCAGAAUCGAAGCUUCUACUAACGACGUCGUUUGAAGGAAACAAGCCAGCUCAAGCCGCGGCUUCGAAGCUCAACAUACCCUGCGGCUCGGCUUCACUUACUCAAGCCGAAGGCAAUGAAGCUGAGUUGAGUCUCUCGCUGAACCAGCCCGAGUCAGAGCUCGACUCAGUGAACUCGCUCCCCGGACUCAGUAACGACCCUUCCGACGUGGCGCUGUUCCUCCACACCUCCGGAACCACGAGCCGCCCCAAGGGGGUUCCGCUGACUCAGCACAACUUGUUCUCGUCGGUACGGAACAUUCAAUCGGUGUACCGACUCACUGAGUCUGACUCCACGGUCAUCGUGCUUCCGUUGUUCCAUGUUCACGGUUUGAUCGCCGGAUUACUGAGUUCACUCGGUGCCGGCGCGGCGGUGGCGCUGCCGGCGGCGGGGAGGUUCUCUGCUUCGACGUUCUGGAAGGACAUGAUUAAGUACAACGCCACGUGGUAUACUGCGGUUCCUACCAUACACCAGAUCGUACUGGAUCGCCACCUGUACAACCCGGAACCCGUUUACCCGAAGCUCCGGUUUAUUCGGAGCUGCAGCGCGUCGCUUGCACCGGUUAUAUUGGGUCGGUUGGAGGAGGCAUUCGGAGCCCCGGUUUUGGAGGCUUAUGCGAUGACUGAGGCGUCUCAUCUCAUGGCUUCGAACCCGUUGCCGGAAGAUGGGCCCCACAAGGCCGGGUCGGUUGGGAAACCCGUGGGUCAAGAAAUGGCAAUAUUGAGUGAGACGGGUCGGGUCUUAGAAGCUGAAUCCAAUGGUGAGGUUUGUAUUCGGGGACCCAAUGUGACAAAAGCAUACAAGAACAACCUGGAUGCUAAUACGACGGCGUUUCAGUUUGGUUGGUUUCACACUGGCGAUCUUGGUUACUUUGACCCAGAUGGGUACUUGCAUCUUGUGGGUCGGAUCAAGGAGCUCAUAAACAGAGGAGGAGAGAAAAUAUCACCAAUAGAAGUGGAUGCUGUGCUUCUAUCACAUCCAGACAUUGCUCAGGCUGUUGCUUUCGGAGUUCCUGAUGAGAAAUAUGGCGAAGAGAUACAAUGUGCAAUCAUCCCAAGAGAAGGAUCACACAUUGAUGAGGCAGAGGUUAUAAGAUUUAGCAAGAAGAACCUUGCAUCUUUUAAAGUCCCCAAAAAGGUCUUCCUUACUGAUUCUUUGCCCAAGACCGCCACUGGCAAGAUUUUGAGGCGUCUUGUGGCAGAACACUUCAUCUCUCAAACUUGAAUCUCCAACUUUGAAGCCUAGAUACCUUACAAAUAAAGGGUUGGAGUUCGCAGACCAUAAAAAAUACUUUUACAAUAUGUUGGCAUCUUGGGAUUCAAGAGGUAGAUAUUUCUGCAACUAGUCUUUCCUACAGGAUACAAUAGAUUGUAAAUUUCGAUGAUUCUUGUGAAGUGUUCACAAUGCAAUGUUUUACAUUUAUACUUACCAGAAUUUC